AUGCUCACCUGCAGCACUGAGCAGGACAUAAUUCAAGUUUCCAGGUGCCAUCCACCCAAAGAAAUCUAUUCUAAUCCAGGUCCCACACACAUCCCACCUGACCAACAACACCUUAUCUUUAUGGGAGAGCCGCUCCUCCAUCCCUCACUUCCCACCAUCGACAACUAUGACGAGUCAUAUCCUUUACAGCAGUGGGAAGACCCAGGCGCGUACAUCAGAUCCUACCAUUCACAGCGGUGGGGAGACCCAGGCGCGUACAUCAGAUCCUCAGACCCAGGCGCAUACAUCAGAUCCUCAGGUCCCUCCACAUCCUUUGGCGCUUCACCCUCUCCCACACAUGUCAGCGCUACACCGUUCCCUAGCGCUCAUGAUGUGCCUCCUCCCACUAUAGGUCCCUUUCCACAUGUUGCCAUUGCGCCCUCCACUGGCACUCAUUAUGCGCCUCCUGGUGCCCUUGGUAGCCCUUCCCAAGUCGCGGGCACAAAACGCCACUUUGCUGCAUCACCCGCUCCUCUUCCUGCCCCCCCCCCAACCGUUCGAAAUUCCCACCAAACCCCCAAUGACCCGCUCUCAGUCCAUCUCAUCCUCCUUCCCCCAGCACUUAUUUGUUCCGUCUGGUACUUCCUACCUAUAGCUGAUUUCAUUCUUGCGGAGUGGUUUUUUUUACAAUUUUAUUAA